AUGUCUCUUCGCUGGUUGCUCGCGGUCACCUUGACUCUUUUCGCCCUUGUCCAUGCCCUCCCACCUGAUAAGCGUGACACCAAUCCUGAACUGCAGCCCCCCCAGGAAGACGCCCCUAUAUUUCUGGGACUUAUCUCGCGCCUAAAAUCGAAAACGGCGAAAUUUCGCCCUCCCUGGAAAUAUGACUACGACCCGUCCGCCGGCGAAGGAUCUAUUAUUUGGCUUAUAGAUUCGGGCUUUGACACAAACACGCCCGAGUACAAAUCAUGGAGCCCUGAGCCGAGAUGGAUUAUAGUCAAGAAAUAUCUCCCAGACGAUACCUUAAACAAAGACGACCCGGAUGGCCAUGGGACUUGCAGUGGAUCACUGAUUUCGAGUCCAAAAUAUGGUGUGUCGAAGAAGGCGUCGCUUGUCAUUGUGAAAGCUCCUAUCGUAUCCGCGCCUGAAAUCACCCGUCAUCAUGUCAGCCAUCUCAAGGCGACACUUUGGGCUGUUGUUGACGAUCUGAAAUCGGUUCUCAGAUAUAGACCGGAUCUUAAGGGGAAGCUAUUCGUCAACUUUUCGGCUGGUAUGAGUACAGAGGAGGCGGAAAACGUAAGCAAGCGGGAUAUGUCGUCGAUCAAAAAAGCGUUUGAAGAGAUCGAUAGCAUGGCUAUGAUAUAUACCACGACAGGAAACCGAAACCCAAAGCAAAGGCGCCGUGAUAAGCGGGAAGGCACUCACAGCCCCUUUUCGUCAGAGACAAUGUAUCUGGAAAGAUGGCGAGAUGACCUCCCGCACACAACAUUCGUUGCUUCGGCCGAUAUCAACGGCCGCAGAAGUGCAGUAUCAAUCCCACCUUCACCGGGAACUCGACAUCUAUGGGCAGUUGCUCAAGAUAUUAAGUGCGCUCCCCUUUCUGGCCAAAAAUCCUCAGAUCAUACAUCGGGAACAUCUCUUGCUGCACCUCAAGCCGUCGGAUUGGCGGCCUAUGCUGUGGGUUUACCACACAAGCCCUUUUCUCUUCCGGAUCCCCAGGAGAAUUUUGAUGGAUACGUGGCAGAGCUUCAAGAUGUAUUGGAAUCGAGUUCUUGGAAGUUGCCGCCGUCGAUGUGGAUGAAUAAAAAUCAACCGGAGGUGCCCGUAAUUUCGAAUCGAUUUUGUGAGGGUGUGGACGGCGAAAGUUCUGGGAAAUGUGGGUGUUAA